UAUUUUCAAGGUAUUGGAACUUUUUUUUGGUCAUAUCAAGGUAUAGAGAAUAAUAUUGAAAAAGAUCUUCUAAUAUUGGGUGUAAGGGUAAAAAUAUCAAAAAUUAAACUACUUUCUUUGUUUUAUUUUACUUUUUUCAAAUUUUAUUAAUUUGAUUUCUUAUUUUACUUGUCAUUUUACAUUAAUGAAUACACGAUAAUUUUUUAUUUUUUUUUAUUCUUAAUAUUAAUUAUUUUUUUAAAUUAAACUAUAAACAUUAUUUAAUAAGAGUGUUAUGAUAAAGUAACUAUAUUACUAAUCAUUGUUUUUAAUUAAUGUAUAGUGUGAAAAAAUAUUAUUAUAGCUUUUGGGCCAUUGGUGGCCAAGAAAAUUAUGACCUAAAGGAUUCCCAUUGUUAGGAGGAAUAGAUGCCUUUAUAUAGAGUUGGAAAUUCACUUCUUCAUCGCCCCGAAAAAAAGGUCCGUAGCGGCGGUCUGAUUCACCGGCUCUGAUUCACCGGCUCUGAUUCAACCAUUCCGGUGAGAUUCUGUUCGUGAAAUCAGCUAUGGAGGUUCGUAUUCUUCAGCUCUUUCAGGAUCGAGCUCUGAUCAUAUUUGUGAUUUUUAUUACGCCAUUUCUUCUUGAAAGAAGUCUUGCUGUUAAUUUUGAUGUAAUGAGUUAUGGCGCUUCUGGAGAUGGAAUGCACGAUGACACUCACGCAUUCAAACAAGCUUGGGAAGCUGUGUGUAGUGAUGAAAAUCAAAAUCCAUCAAUGCUUAUACCAAGGGGAAGAUCAUUUCUAGUAGGGCCUAUUACAUUCCAAGGGCCUUGCAAGUCCCUAAAUAUUCAUCUUCAAUUAUCAGGAUCCAUUGUAGCGCCGAAGGAUCCAGAGGCAUGGACAGGUUGUGAAAAUGUUUGUUGGAUUUAUUUUACAGGAGUUGCUGGUCUCUUCAUCAACGGUUCUGGUACUAUUAAUGGCAAUGGUCAACGCUGGUGGACAACUCCUAGUCGUACCAGGGUGAACGGGACUUGCACUAAGCCAACGGUUGUCCAAUUUAAUUAUUGUAAUGGGCUUCGAUUGAGUGGAAUAGAGCUAGUGAAUAGUUCGAGGGACCAUAUAAUUCUUACUUACAGCAAGGGAGUAACCAUCUCAAACAUUCAUAUCAGUGCACCAAAAUAUAGUCGCAAUACUGAUGGGAUCGAUAUCUUUUUCUCUAGCCAACUUCUAAUUCAGGACUCCAUUAUUGAAACAGGUGAUGACUGCAUUGGCAUCAAUACUGGGUGCUCUGAUAUUAAUAUUACUGGUAUUACAUGUGGACCUGGCCAUGGUAUAAGUAUUGGAAGUUUAGGUCCAAAUAACACAUUUGCCAAUGUGGAAAACGUCUAUGUAACAAAUUGCCACCUAGAAGGAACCGAUAAUGGUGUUAGAAUUAAGUCUUGGCAGGGUGGUUCUGGAUACGCUAGAUCUAUACAUUUUCAUAAUAUUAGCCUCAACAAUGUAGAAAACCCAAUCAUUAUUGAUCAGAAUUAUUGCAAUGGUGGUCAUUCAUGUCAACCUCAGGUAAGUGCAGUCAAAGUGAGCAAUGUAACAUACAAGAAAAUAUAUGGAACUACAAGUAGCAAGCUAGCAAUAAAUAUGGAUUGCAGUAAUAGCACAGCUUGCACCAAUAUUGAGAUGGAGAAUAUCUACAUAACUCCAGUUGUGCCUGGAGAACACAUCAUUGCUACUUGUACUAAUGCCCAAGGAAAAGCCUCUUCAAACUUACCUCCUGUAUCUUGCUUGUCACAAGUAUAAUUAUAUAGAGAACAUAUUCCAUUUAUCUAAUAUUGGUAAUUGGAUUUGACAUAAACUAGCGAUUGGAUGGUCACAAAGCUACUAUAAGGAUAAACAGAGGUUAAACUAUAUAAAUAGCCUGUCUAUUUCCCCUCUAUAUCUCAAAUAACUUUAAACA